AUGCCUUCAGAGGUGGGCAAUGGUGAAUUGUUAGUUACCUCAAUUGGCAUCAAUAAUGACAGUAGCAUUGGUCGCGCAGAAGUAGCAACAAGCUCUGGAGCAGCUGUGCGAGCUGAAAGUGCCAGUCUUGGAUGCCCAGAAAGUGCUGAUCGUCUUCAAUCUCGACGACGUCUCACCUUCCCAAUGGAUCGACCGUGGCAGCUUCGUACAACUCUCGAAAGACAUUGCAGCAUUGUAGCCAUUAAUGCCGGGAAUUUGGAGCGACACAUGAGCGUUGUCGCCAAGCAGACAAGUGCCAGAGCGAGAAAUGCCUUCGUUCGAUUUAUUAGCUAUAAGCAGGUUUAUCUUUUUUUAUUGAAAGUAAUGUAA